UGCUCCUGGCAGAAAAAUGAAUUUUACAUUUUUAGAAUCGUUGUUAGCAGUGUAUACUCUAUUCGAAAACCGAAUUGCAAUUGCGACUUUAGUUUAGAAGUUAUUGCCACUUAAACAUAGCAUUUGGAAAAAAAAACCGCGCAAAAGGGAUUGGUACAAAAUCAUUGAUGUGACGUCACAAUAGGAACCGGUUUGACUCAUUCAUAUUACAAAAAUCAUUAGCGUGUAUUAUUCAGAUGUUGUUGUAAGAAAGGUGGCGGCGCAAAAAAAUCACGCAAAUAAAAAUAUGCCGAAUAGAUGUAUUGUCGGGGGUUGCUCUAAUACUUCUAAUGCGGAGAAAGGAAUUUCCCUUCAUUUCAUACCGUUUUCUGGCGACGAAAGGCCAGAAGCCAAAAAGAGACGAAAGCAGUGGAUUGAUUUCGUGCGGUCAAAGCGGGCAAAAUGGGAUCCGACUCCCAAUUCGAGUAUUUGCUCAGCGCAUUUUGACAGGAAAGAUUUUACACAAAUGUUUUCUGGUUUCUCUGGCAAAGUACCGCGGUUAGCCUCUGAUGAAAUUGGCGUAGUGGCAGUUCCUAAGUACCACGCAGUAACUACAGAGACAGUGGUUAAACCCUCGUCAGCGAGAGCUAGGAGAAUGGUUGUAAAAGAAGCGUUGUCUGGAAGUGUGACCGCCCAAGGCAAAGCGCCGGAUGAACCUUGCCACGAAACAGACCCAGCUGAACACGCAAUGGAAAAUGUUGGAGAAGAACUGCCAGAAAACGCUUCUCCGAACAAAACAAACAGCGUUUCAACUGGAACAGACGGUUGUGUUGGUUGUGCGUACUUGCUAAAAGAAAAGCGUAAGACUUGGAACAAGUAUAUUGCGCUUAAAAGCAAGUACGAUGCACUGGUGAAAGUAAACAUUCCAAAGUUUUAA